AUGGAUGUGAACUGUUUUUGUCUUGGGAGACUUUUCCAGGAUCGUCCCUGGGACGUGCUUGGAUGGAAGGCCGGCAGCGUUUUCCGGGGCAUCAUCAUCGAGGACUACCCCUCCAAGAUCUGGAACCGCUGGGACUCAGUGAAGGUCCAGGAGCUCAACAACGGCCGCCUGGCCAUGAUCGCCAUCACCGGGCUGGUGGCACAGGACGUGGUGACCGGCGAGUACGCUGCCGGUGUCGGUGAAGCCUGCGGCGGAUUGUGCAAGGCCGCGUGUAAGGAGUUGUUGAUGGUUGUAUUGGUUGUACAAGGUUGA